AUGAAAGUUCCGAAUGUCUUGUUGAUUCUUGCAUGCUGCAGUCUCUCAUUUUCUGCUGCGAUGGGACAAGUCGUCAUCCUGCAGAUGGUAAAUGCUCAGUCCUCUCAAGAUCACUUGGUGACUCAACUCCCUGGUUUGAAUGGAAAUAUUGGUGUCAGAUCCUAUACUGGUUAUUUAUUGGCAAAUGCUACUCGGGGUAGAUACUUGUUUUAUUGGUUCUUUGAAUCGAUGAGAAAUCCAUCGAAGGAUCCUCUCAUCAUGUGGACGAAUGGUGGGCCAGGAUGCAGCUCACUCGGAGGUGAAGCUAGUGAACAUGGUCUUUUCCUUGUCAAUGCUGAUGGUUCAACCAUUACUAGAAAUCCAUAUUCUUGGAAUCGUGUGUCGAAUAUUCUCUAUAUUGAACAACCUGUGGGUGUUGGAUUUUCAUAUUCCAAUUCGACCGAUGAUUAUCAAAAUCUUAAUGAUGUUCAAGCCGCUUCUGAUAUGAACAAUGCAUUGAGAGAUUUUUUAACUCGAUUUCCUCAAUUUAUUGGAAGAGAAACAUAUUUGGCUGGUGAAUCUUAUGGAGGAGUGUAUGUUCCAACAACUGCUUAUAAUGUUAUUGAAGGAAAUGGAAAGGGACAACAACCAUUUGUGAAUCUAGUUGGUAUUUUGGUUGGUAAUGGUGUGACAGAUGCUGAAGCUGAUAGUAAUAGUAUUCCACCCAUGAUGAAAUAUCAUAGUUUGAUUUCGAUCAAGUAUUACGAAGAGGGUUAUAAGGCAUGUCAAGGUGAUUUUUAUUUGAAUCAAAAUUUGCCAGCUUGUCUCAAUUUUUUGAAUGACAUCAAUAAUGCUAUGGGAAAUAUUAAUCCAUAUUAUAUUUAUGAUUCUUGUCCAUGGUUAGGAUUAAAUUUACAACAAAAACUUAAAACUUCAGAAAUGACCUUCCAAGUUUUGGAUCCAAAGACUCAAAAACCAAUGAAAAUGCAUCCACUCUUCCAAAUGUAUAAACAUGGUGGAUGGAGUAAACGAGUGGCCAAUGAAAAGAAUUUUGCUCCUCGUUUCGAAACCGAUGCUCCUUGUGUACCCAAUCAAUCCAUUGCCAAGUAUUUCCGAAUUAUUAACUAUACUCAAGUGUACAUGACUAUUUUACCAUUCUAUGCCAAGUUAUUGCCUCAUAUUCGUAUUCUUGUAUACUCUGGAGAUACUGAUAUGGUUGUGAACGGUCUUGGAACACAAGCAGCUAUUGACAAGUUACAAUUGCAAGAGACUUCUUCCUGGAGAACUUGGGAAUUUGAUUCUGCAUUGGGCACUGUGGUUGGAGGUUAUAUUCGCAAAUUUGAAAAGAGUGGAAAAGGAUUGACUUUUGUCACUGUUCGUGGUGCAGGUCACAUGGUACCUUUGGUUAAGCCUGAUAGCGCAUUCUACAUGUUUAAGAAUUUCAUUGAUGGAACUUGUUGUUAA